AACGCUGUGGCGCCCCCGUGCGGCGCUCCGGGUAACGGCCGCUCCGAGCCGUACUGAGCCAGCGAACAGACGACCUGCUGGGUAAACAACAGUGGAUGCCUCGGAAGGCAGGAAUGGGAACUUCGUCGAGGGCUAAUAGAUUUAACCUCUCAUGUUUGGAAAAGGACGGUGACAUAUUCUGAAAAAAGGACUUAGACCCAGACCUGCCACCAUGAAGAGUGAGGUACCAUCUGAGGCCCCCGGCAGACAGGAGCAUCUGAAGGAGCCGCUGGUGAACCCUGAGCCCAUGGAGGCAGCCAAGAGCUUCCCUAACAACAUGGAGGUGAUCGGAAAGGCGGGCAGUGAAUUUGAAACCUUGUGUGAGUCUAGGCACCGGCCCCUGAGGGACACAGGGACGCACAGGGACUCGGAACGAAGCCUCCCCGUACGCAGAAAAAGAAAAGGCCAACAGGCGGGGCCAUCGGAUUGCUCUCUGAAGGAGGGCCACAUCAGCGAGAGCUCCCUGGCCCCUCAGCGUCCCAGGGUCGAAAUGUUACAGCAGCCCAGCGAGGAUGAACACAACCACGAGUCCUCCUUUAGUGACUGCGCCUCCUCCCCGUCCUCCAGCCUGCGGUUUGGGGACUCAGACACUCUGAGCUCAGAGGACGAAGGGGAAGCCGGAGCGACGGGGGGCCAACACAAGGCUCCCGCCCUGACCACAGGAGGAGCCCCCGGCCACGGCCUGCGCCCCGUCCUGGGUCGAACUCGGGGGAACCGCUCCCAUAAGUGGGUGAGGUCAGAGGCAGAGCCAGUGCUGCUGAAGCGUCCGUGCCUGAGCGGCCGGCGGCCUCUGCACAGGAAACGGUUUGUGAAAACAGCUCCUGGAGGCGGUCAGCGGACUCAGAAGCAGAAGGAGCGACUCCUGCUGCAGAGGAAGAAACGUGAGGUGAUCGCUCGCAGGAAGUACGCCCUGCUCCACAGCACCAGCAGCUCCAGCGAGGAGCUGAGCAAUGACUCGUCCUCCCCCUCCUCCACUGAAGCAGAGGAUGAGCUGUAUGUAGACGUGAGCAGCACCAGCAGCCAGCCCAACAGUGCUGCUGUAGCCACAGGUGCACUAGAUGAGGAUGUGGUGGUGAUUGAGGCGACUCCAGCUCCCGCCCCCACUGUCCCAGCCAGCGAGGAGAUCAAUGUCACGUCGACAGACAGCGAGGUGGAGAUCGUCACAGUCGGAGAUGGAUUCAGGUCACGCUCAGUGGGGGGCAUUAGCAGGAUUUGGGGUAACAGUUGCUCCCAGAAUCGCCCCCAGGAGCCACGUGGACGUCACAGACUCUCCACCGUCAUACAGCCACUGCGACAGAACGCUGGGGAGGUGGUGGAUCUCACUGUGGAUGAAGAUGAUCUCUCCGUUGUGCCAACGACCUCUGGCAGCAGUCACCCUCAGACAGUCAGGUCGUCAUCCUCCUCAUCUUCCCAUCAUGCCUCUACCUCAGAGCUCAACGAUGCCCCAGGCCCUUCCACUAGCUGCCCAGGCUCAGUACCUGAAAGUAUGCAUACACAGAGGCCAAGUGGAUCUUCCCGCACAGCCACGGAGGAUGAUAGCAGACCAGGUUUGUCAGGUACAGCAGGUGAGACUGCAGGCACAGCCAUGCCCAGACUCCCGUCCUGCUGUCAGCAGCACUCCCCCUGUGGAGGCCCCUCUCCCAGUCACCUGUCCCUGAGCCAUUCCCACUCCAGCUGUCUGCAGGCCUCAUCCUCUCAGCAGCCCACCGGCUCUCAGCACGGCCACAGCCACGGCAACGCUCACCACUUCCUCCACCACGUCCACCACCCGGCGCCGCAGCCCCCGGGCUCCCUGCCCUUCCAGGAACCUAGCUGCCCCGUGGAGCGGCCCAGUGCUCUGCCUGCACCCUGCGCCGGAGUCAGCAGCAGCAGCAACAGUAGCAGCAGCAGCAGCAACACAGCCCAUUACCACGACCAGCAGACUCUGCCAGUGGACCUGAGCAGCAGCAGUGUUCGGAGCGGAGGAAACGGCGGCAGCAGUUUCCACGGCAGCACCUCGGCCUUUGACCCCUGCUGCCCGGGCUCCACCUCGCGGCCUCCGGCCUACGUUUCCCAGGCCACCCCCGGGCCCAGUCAGCCAGCCGCCGUGGACUCGUUCGGCUCGUCCAUGGUGGCUCAGCCCCAGCCACAGACACAACCCCAGCCCUGUAGACAUUACAUCCACCCUUCCUAUGGUUCUUUAGCUCGCUCUCUGCACCACCAGCCCUCCUCCGCCUGCCCCCACUCCCACGGGAACCCCCAGCUCACGCCUCAGCCGGCUCCACAAGGCGACUAUGUCAUUCCCCACACCGUCACCUUUCACCCGCCGCUGCCGUCCCACCCCUCAAGCCACACCGUGCCCCCGGCCCCUCCCCCUCCUCUGUCUACCCACCACCUCCCUGGGUCAAGCGCCCCACUGGCCCAGCACCUGCCCUCGGACCACCAGGCCCUGCCGCACCACAUGCCAGCGCUGGGAGCCUCCGUCCAGAGGCUCCAUCAGCACGAGAUCCUGCAGAGGAUGGAGGUCCAGAGGCGCAGAAUGAUGCAGCACCCCACACGAGCACACGAGCGCCCGCCCCCACACCCCCACAGAAUGCACCCCAACUACGGCCAUGGACACCACAUCCAUGUGCCUCAGACGAUGUCUUCCCACCCUCGGCAGCCUGAGCAGAGAACAGCAUGGGAGCUGGGCAUCGAGGCCGGAGUGACCGUGGCACCGUUCCCUUCAGGGCACCUGCACUCCCACCUGCCCCACUACCACCCUCCCCCCCGACUGCACCACUUCCCCAUCCCCUUCAUGCACACUGGCAUAUCUGAAGUGACCUACCCACACAUUCGGUAUAUCUCAUCUAGAAUGACUGGCUUUGGAAGAACCUAUGAGGACCUGCUGCAUUUAGAAGAACGGUUAGGGACUGUGAACCGAGGAGCCUCUCAGGGAACCAUAGAGAGGUGCACUUACCCACACAAGUACAAGAAGAAGGUGUUGGAGAGAGACAUUGACCAACAGUUAACCCCUGAAGCUUGGGCAUCUAUUGGGAAAAAAAUGCACGCAGCCCCAGAAUCGAGGAAGCUGCACGGAAAACAAGAUGAAGACGAGGGCGCAGAUGAGGACACGGAGGAGAAAUGCACCAUCUGUCUGUCGAUACUGGAAGAGGGGGAGGAUGUCAGACGUCUACCAUGUAUGCACCUCUUCCAUCAGCUCUGUGUGGACCAGUGGCUCCUCACCAAUAAGAAGUGCCCCAUCUGCAGAGUGGACAUUGAGGCGCAGCUGUCUGCUGAGAGUUGAUGCUGUUUUUCUAACAACUCUUUUGUUGAAGAUUUAUUUUGAGAUCAUAUUAAUUUUCUCUUCAGUACUGCAGUCAACCAAAGAUGGCAUGAGUUACCUGUGCAGCUCCACAACGACGAGAAAAUAAAAAACACCUGACAAAAAAGCAUCGAGCCUAGAGUGCCAGCUAUCACAUAUUACUACAGCUAGAAUUCUCCAUUAAGGGUUUAAGAUUUUAUUGUAUUUAUAAAGCUUUUAUGUAGCUUUUGAUUGUUUCCUCAAGUGUCAUUUUUUGUUUUUGUUUCUCUGCAUGUUUCCUUGCAAUGCAUUUCUUUGCACAUAUAACGUGGGCUUCACACGGCCUAACAACUCGCAGGUGAGGAUAGCUGCUCUAGUAAAGACGCAUUUCUGUAAACCUAAUGCCUUGCUUUACUAGAAUAGAAUGUCAACCUCCAGUUAAUAAAACGACAUUGCAGGAUUCAUUUUACCGAUCAUUGUAUUGAUUAGUUUAUGUUUAGAAGAUGUGGAUUGUUAGUGAAAGAUGUUUUUUAAGUAAAUCAAGACAUUCCUAACUAGGGAAAUAUGUUAACAGAUCAGCUGCUGUAUUAGUGCACACCCAGUAUUUCUAGAGUGGAAAUAAACUCCGAUGUUCACCUCACUCCCAGAAUAUGCACAUGCUUUGCUACGACUCCACCUCCCUCCAGCACCUUCAUCGAUCCACCACCACCUGAACGUCACGUCCUCUCUGACUGCUCCUCUGUAAACUGAGCGACUGUUGGAUCUGCUGUCAGUCUGUUGAUGGGGUGGUGGUGGAGGUAGAGUCCCCCCCCACCCACCCCCAUGCAGACAGGCCUGUUAACUCUGUAAGAUGAUCUCAAGUGUGUGUGAAAGCCUGAAACCUGGGAUCAUCUCUGCCUGUGUGAUCAUGGCAAUGUGGACUUUUCAUUUCUGUGACUGUGUGUGACUGUGUGUGUGUGUGUGUGUGUGCGUGUGUGUGUGUGUGUGUGUGUGUGUGUGUGUGUGUGUGUGUGUGUGUGUGCGUGUGUGUGUGCGUGUGUGUGUUUGUUCAGAGGGAAAUACACAGCUGGAUUCUUUGGGAUUAAUAUUUACUGUUCUCACUCUUCAGACCAUUGAUCCACCCUCCUUUGUCUCUCUGUAGUGAAGCAGCAGCGUCCUGUGUGGCGGCUGCAGACUAACACUAAUACUGUUGACUAACUCACUGCAUAGACUUGCACAAGAGAGAAAAAGGUAGGAGAGUAGUAGAGAAUAUGAGCGAGUGCUGAGGCCAUGUAUUUCCACUCUGAUCAACAUGAAAAAAGAAAAAAAAAGAUAUUUUGGAUGGAGUGUUGAAAUGCAGUACUUAAAGCAGGUAUCCAUGCAUUCAUUGACUUAAAGGCACCAGGAUCAUAUUCUGUGGGAUUUAUAUUAGUUUUAAAAAAUAAUAUUAAUAAACUUGGAUAACUCUUAAA